UUGCAUGUACUGCAGAGGUCUUUAAAAAUUCCAGUGCUAUUGUGUGACACAUCACACAACCGUUCGAGAAAGACCGAAUGACAUUUAAACCCCUCACCGAGGCAGCAGUGCCUCAUGUGAAUGUAGUUCUGUGUAAAAAGAGAAGAGUUUCACAAUGGUGGGGCGGGUUUUACGGCACUGUGAAGCAACCUUGCUGAAAAGUGUUUUGCUGAAGGGCGAGGAAAGGCUGAUGAAAGGCAGAUGUGAGGAACAAGCUGGCUGGGCUACAUGGCAAUGGGUGGGACUCUCGACUGCAAAACAACCCCAAAUACGCUAAGCCGGAUGCAAAUAGUCCACGUGGGACUGUAACACUUUUAUUGGGAUGGAGAUGGGGGUGACGCCAGAUAGUCUGUCGAAUAGGCCUGGGGUUCAUUUCUGUGGUUUAGCGCUGGUUCUCUGCUUUGUCCCAUUUUAAAGAGCCGCCUGUGCACUGUCAGCCAUAACGCAUGACGACGCUCUGCAAACGCUCGACUUCAAUUCAACAGAAAUAUACGAAUGCUUAGCUUAUAGCUUUCGGAGUCUCAGCCAGGGGGUGAUUUGUCAGAAUAAUCCAUCUACCGCGGCUGCUGUGUGUCUCUCGAUUCUGUCUGUGACCACGCCGCAGACUUCCUCCAGCUGUGGACAGUUCAUCACUUGCGAAAGACGUCCGACGGCUGUUCCAUGUGGCAGUAGAUGAAUGGCAUCCACGCAGGGCGAUAUGUCCACUAAGAAGGACAAAGAAAAUCAGAUCCAGUAUGAAGACCCACCGGAUGGCGGCUGGGGCUGGCUGGUGGUGUUGCAUUGUUUCCUGGUUAAUGUCUUGGUGAUGGGGACACUCAAGACCUUUGGGAUCUUCUUUGUGGCAUUCCAAGAUGACUUUGGCGGUUCGGCAGAGAGCAUCAGCUGGAUCGGUUCCAUAAUGUCGAGUUUGCGUCUAUCUGGAGCACCCAUUGCCUCUGUGGCUUGUGCCAAGGUAGGAACCAGGGUGACCGCCAUUACUGGGGCAGUGCUGGUUAGUGGAGGCUUUCUCAUGAGUAUUUUCGCCAACAGCGUGGUUUUCCUCUACAUCAGCAUGGGAGUGAUAGUAGGAAUGGGUUUCGCACUACUCUACCAGUCCUUCUCAGUGGUCACGGCGCUGUACUUCCGAAAGAAGUUGGCAACAGCGUAUUCAAUCGGGCGCUCUGGGAUGGGAUUGACCUUUGCCCUCGCGCCAUUCACUCAGCUGCUUUUGGACCUAUAUGCUUGGCAAGGGGCGAUGCUGAUUCUCGGCGGGCUCAUGCUUAACCUGGUGGCCACCGCGUUGCUGCUGCGGCCCAUAAAUGUGAAACCCGCCGCUGUAUCAAACUCCUCUUCCACCAGCCGAAAGAGCCCAUCUCUUUCCCUCAAGAGCUCGUCAGAAGAGGACUUCGCCAAGAGCUGUCUGAAUGGCUCCUCGCAUUUAUCCAAUGGCUUAUUCAAAUCAGACUCCCUCACAUCCCCACCAUCUCCUCCUCACAAGGAUGUCGAGGACCUAGAGGGGCAGUGUGUUAACGGAGCAAACGGACAGGUAGAGAACCCAGAGCUGAACAGACUUGUUCUCAAUGGACACGAGGCCCAUCAAGACUUGGGUUUUUGUAAAACUGCAGAAGGCUCCACAGACCUCAAUGGCACCAUGAGCGGGUCUUCAACAGUUGGACAUACUUCCAUUCAUGCCAGCACUCCAACCGAGAAGACCAUCACCAAAGCCAAAGUCCUCGAUUUUUCCUUGCUCAAGGACCCGUUCUUUUGCAUCUAUACAUGGUCUUUGGUCUUCAGCCAGCUGGCCUACUUCAUCCCCUAUUUCCACCUGUCUGCCCGAGCCAGAACCCUUGGUAUCGACCCCAUGGAUGCAUCUUUUAUCAUCUCUGUGGCAGGAAUCACAGAGACCAUCGCCCAGCUGGCCUCAGGCUGGGUUACGGACAAGAACCUGUUCCACAAAUACCACUUCCACAAGGCCUACCUGAUCCUCUGCGGCUUGGUCAACCUGCUGUCCCCGCUGGCGACAUCCUACAUCCUGCUCAUGGUGUACGCGAUCUUCUUUGCUAUCUUCUGUGGGGGCUACAUGGCUCUACUGCUGCCUGUUCUGGUGGAUCUGGUCGGGGCGGAUAAACUCAACAACUCCAUGGGAUUUUCCAUGUUCUUUGUCGGUUUGGGUUGUCUCACAGGUCCUCCUUUGGCAGGCUUUUUGUAUGACUACACGCAGACUUAUGAUUGUUCCUUCUACCUGGCGGGGCUCUGCUACCUGCUCUCCUCCGUCUCCCUCUUCAUGGAGCCGCUGGCCCAGCGCUGGAGCUGGAGGGCAAAGAAGAAACUGGCCAUGGCCAACACCGCACAAAACAGCUGUAAGACCAACGGCUGCUUCACCCCUGACCGCCUGCAGAAUGGCGUCAUUUAGAGGGGCGCCACAUCCGGCCUUAGGCCUCCGAUCCUGAACCAGCAUGCUCGCGACACACCAUGGCUCCCAUGUGACUUUUUGAGUCAGGAACUUAAGUGACCCUUCAAUCCUGCAGGCAAGCCCGAGCGAAGGAAAAAGAUUAUCGUUACCAAUGACGCGCUAGUGAGAAGAAAAAGCCAAAAUUAUAGUGGUAAAGUAUAUAUAUGUGUGUGUGCGUGCAUGUCCAUGUGUGUGAGAAUGAAUAUAUAUGUAUAUAUAUACAUAUAUGUAUGUAUAUGUGUGUGUGUGUGUGUGUGUGUAUAUAUAUACAGCCCUUUGAGACACUAGUGAUUUAGGGCUAUAUAAGUAAACAUUGAUUGA